GGUACGCACACCCAAAACUGUCAUGCCUAAUUCAAAGAGUCAAUUUUCGUCUUCUUUUCGGCAAAAAAUCUUGAUUCUUAUUUCUCUCGGAAUUGGUUUUAGCCUUGCUCAAGUUACUGAGUAUUUUUCAAAAGAUGGAACUUUCGUUUUUGGAAACUUCGUACAAAAGAAAAGCAACUUUGCUUUGCAAAGAAAUGACUCUCUCCUCGCUCAUCUCGAGGUUGAUAGCGACACAGAAUGUCAGGAGCUUUGCACAACAAACCCUCGAUGUUUGUCCGUCAACUAUGGAGAAGAUCCAAGCAAUGUUGGGAAAGUCCAAUGCGAGAUGUUUGGCUAUGGAAGGACGGACUUUCAAGAACAUUUUGUAUCCAAAACGGGUUUUACUCACUUGAGAUUGAAGACAGCGUGCACGAACAACCCGUGCUAUAGUGGUGUGGUCUGCAAUCCAGUCCUUGGUAACCCAGCGAGGGAUUACUCCUGUAUUUGUCCCCACUCUGACAAUACGAAUGUUCAGAAUUGUGAUUCAGGUGACGUUAAGUGCAAUGCCCUUGGCAUGGAGGCCUUAACGAUUUUAGACUCACAAAUUACCGCUUCCAGUGAGCAUGUUAGCGGAACACAUCCAAGGACGCAUGCUCGUGUAAACUAUGCAGGUUCGUGGGUCCCCAACUCUGCAGUGGAUGCCUGGAUUAUGAUUGAUUUGCUGAAGUCUACCACAAUCUUGGCGGUGGCUACACAAGGGAGGCAUGAUUCUGCCGAGUACGUUUCAACGUACGAGGUAUAUUACCGCAUGGAUUAUUUAGCUCCCUUCACGGCUUAUCAAGAAGAUGGAGUGGUAAAGACACUGAUUGGAAAUAGCAACGGAGUUGAUGUUGUCAGACAUGAGCUGAAAGUGCCAUUUGUUGCCAAAGCAGUGCGAUUCCUUCCUAAGACAUGGACCCAUACAGGUUUUGGCUGGCGACUGGAACUAUAUGGAUGCUAUAAUUGAUAAUUAUUAAUAACCUAAUAUCUUAUAAAGAAAAAUGACAAGUUUCCUGCACACAAUAGAAAAUGAACUCAUUUUCUCUUUUUAGACUUUUUCAGCUUUAAUAUUUUCCCAUUUCAGACCACAUAUUUAUCUCUCUCUUUACAUACAUUACUCUUCUUGUCAUUUUUUUCUUUAUUAGAGAUGCCCUAUACUCCUGAUUGGGCAAAGCUUUUAGGAAUGGAAGGGAAAGUAAGAGAAUGGAAGGGAAAGUAAGAGAAUGGAAGGGAAAGUAAGAGAAUGGAAGAAAAAAGAAGAAAUGCACUUAUCAAGGGUUUAACCAUUAUUUAAACCUUCAUUUACAUCACAACUGAACAACCAUGACUUAUAAUCUAUGUGAUGUGCAGUUCUAAUUUUUCAAAUCACCCAUGCACGCAAGCUCCAAACCCCUGGUGAAUGGAGCAAAAACAGCUACGAAAAGUUUGAUUGUUAACUAGUUUUUGUUAAGAUAACUCACAUCUCAAUCUUGCAAUAAAAAACUUCACCUCCCAAAAAAGUUUGAAAAUUUAUUGUUGUGUAUGAAGGGGGGUUAAGUGGGAGAGGGGUAGGUUUGGAACUCCUUUCUGGACCUGAUUUGAAGAUCCACAACCCUGUCCUGUAUCCCAUACAUUGUUCAAAAAAAGCUAUUUUUAAUU